AUGAAAGACCGUCGUAAUCCAAAACCCGCCACCACCACCACCUUUGUUUCAAUACCGACAGAAGACGGUAUCUACACAGCCCGAUCCACCCCCAAUGCACAUGUUAACAUUGCCACGGGAGUCAGAAAAAAGGCCGUUGGAGUACACCAAUGGCUUUUGUUAGAUUCAACGGGUCAAAGCCAAUUAGUUGAGGCCGGGAAAUACACUAUUAUGCGCCGGACAGGAUUGCCCGGACGAGAUUUACGUAUUCUUGAUCCUGUUUUAUCGUACCCUUCAACGGUACUUGGUAGAGAACGUGCUAUUGUUAUAAAUUUGGAACAUAUUAAGGCCAUAAUUACUGCACAUGAGGUGCUUUUGUUGAAUUCUUUGGAUCCCUUUGUUAUUCCGUUUGUUGAUGAUUUGCAUCGACGUAUUAUGCGUUAUUAUCAUUCAACUGUAACUCAGGCAGGAACUACUUCUGAUGAUACAGAAUGGCAAAAUUUGUACGAUUUAGGAGAACCACUUCCAAAGGGACUUGGCUCUCCAAGCAUAUCUGCCACAAGCAGAGGGAAAAGUGAGGAGGUUAAAACUGAUCGAACAUGCUCUUUUGAUAGGGCAGAUGGACUAAAACUCCUUCGAUUUGAGUUUGUUGCACUUGAGGCCUGCAUAGAGGCAGCUUGCAGUUCUUUGGACAAUGAGGCAAGGACGUUGGAGAGAGAAGCGCAUCCAGCUUUGGAUAAGUUGACUACUAAGAUUAGUACGCUCAAUUUGGAACGUGUUCGUCAAAUAAAAAGUAGGUUGGUUGCUAUUUCAGGACGUGUUCAAAAGGUUAGAGAUGAAUUAGAGCAUUUGCUCGAUGAUGAUGAAGAUAUGGCUGAAAUGUAUCUGACUGAUAAACUGGAACAACUUGAGAAUGACUCUGAAUCUUCAGUAGAUGAGCAACAUGAUGUGGAUGAACAAGUUCUGCAGGCAGAAAAGGAUGACAGAGUUCCUAUGGAUGACAAUGAGAACAUACAUGAAGGUGAUUUUAAAAAGAUGAAUAGUCAACAAGAGCGUUUUUUUGGAUCACAUGCAUUUGGGAGAGAAAGCCGUAUGACUCGAGGUACUAUCAAACACCGUGAUGUUCAGGAACUUGAAAUGCUCUUAGAGGCCUAUUUUGUUCAGAUAGAUGGUACACUGCAUAAAUUAUCAACGCUGAGCGAGUAUGUGGAGGACACGGAAGACUACAUUAAUAUAAUGCUGGACGACAAGCAGAACAAUCUUUUGAAAAUGGGUGUCAUGCUGUCAACUGCGGGUCUAAUAUUAAAUGCGUUUGUAGUUGUCGUUGGAGCUUUUGGAAUGAACAUUAAUAUUGACCUCUUCAAAGACGAUACCCCUGCUGAUCAAGAAAUUGGUAUGCAUAAAUUUAUGUGGACUGUUGGUGGCUGUACCACCGGUAGCAUCUUUCUGUAUGUUGUCACCAUUGCUUGGUGCAAACAUCAAAGGCUUUUAUAA